AUGCAUGUCCCACUCUGUAUUGUCAAUACAUCGCACAGCAUCAGCUGCAAAUGGAUACAAUUUGAAGCCUGGAUCUUCCAUGAACGCGACCUCGCAAAAAAUUCGAAGGCUGCACAGAGAAGCAUUGAGGCAUGCUCAUCGCCUCCCACAAUUUCAUUGGACACAGGAUUGCAAGAUACGGCCACGAGGGCUCACAGCAUUCCGGGACCUCGUAGGGUUACGCGGAGCGCACAAUUGCAAGAUCCUGUGGUUCGUGCGAAUGACUGGGUCAAUGUUACGAUAUCGGGAGUUGUAGAGUGCAUGCCCAACCAUCCAGAGAGGACAGCUCCUGCGCCACCCCAAAGGAUAAAGAGAAAGCCCGUACCUUCAAUAGGCGAUUAUCAGGCUGAGCCCGUCCAUAGAAUUACCUCUAUGGGCGCUGCAGUUCUCGACUCUCAAAUACUUAUCGAGCCGAGCCAAGGCUGUCCCGAUGUUCCCCUGCAGGUUUGUACUAGAGAAAUUGCUUCGUCGCACAAAGACAGCGGACCGAUCGUGAUGCAAACGCAAACAUCUAUAAGGUCGAAGCUGAGGCCUAGCCGAGCCGAUUUAGAGACAUCUCUCAAUGUGAAACAUGAUCACAAGUCACACACCUCAGGAAAGACGUCGCAGUAUUUAGUCACAGGUUCACUGGGAAAUGAUACGCAGGGCAUAGGCCAUGGACUGAGCCACCGUGCUGAAGAGACGACGGACAAGGUGACAGAAGAUCGUGACGAGGGCCAUUAUAUCGAGGAACUUCGAAAAAAAUGGGGUUGGACCGAAGAAGAUCUGGAGAGGAUGGUCCGACGAUCGCACGUUCCUAGAGGAAAAGGAAGGAUCAAAAGAUAA